AUGGUUUUCGAUGUUUACGGUCUCACAUUCGCUGGAAAACCUCUUUUUUCAAGUCGGAAGGAAUCAGAAGUUUCCUUGACAUUUUACGGAACCAUCUCUGCUAUCGCCUCUAAGGUCUCGAGUCUACUCUCGGACUAUUCAGAACAAGAUUGUUUACGCUACGUAACGGUGGGUAAAUUACAUUUUACAUAUCUUGAGAGAGGACCUUUAUGCUACUUCUCAAUAUCAGAUAACGGUUACUCGCCACUGAUAGUUUACAAGAUUCUAUGCGUGAUUCACUUACAGGUCGUAUCAAUACUGACCAGAGGUGUUGAACGGAUACUCAUCAAAAGGCCCUCGUACGACGUCCAGAAUUUAUUAGGAGGAACACAGAAUAUUAUCGAUAAGUUGAUGGAUAACAUGAGCGGAUGCCUAGGAUUAAUUGAAGGCUAUGCAUACGAAGCGCUUCCACUCUCACAAAUCACAAGAAACCUCCUGUCGUCAUACUUCACCAAAUUUAGGACAGAUAACAUAAUUAGUGUCAAAAAGAGUGGCGAUGGUUACAAUGUCAAAGACCAUGACUUUGUGCCCAAUGGAUAUUUCUACCGUUAUCAAUACACUCAUCGCAUCGCAGUCGUUACAACAGCAGGAAAGCUGGACGCCUAUAUAGCUUUCACCUACGGAUACGUCAAUUAUAUUGAGCCGGAAAUAGGCAUUGUUUGCAUAUCAACCUCAGGAGAGCAGGAGCAGUUUUACAAUAUUUCUAGACAUUUGGAGGAUUCCAAACGUCUUAUGACAGAGUCCAAGUGCCUGGACGACUUAAGAUCGUCACUGCUUGCGACGCCUCUGGAAUUUCCAUCAGGAGGAGAUUUAUCAUGCGAAAUACUACAUCUGAUGUUCUACUCCAAGAAAUUGGGCCAGUUCUUCUCCUCAGCGUUUAAAACUAGCUCCUGCGGGAAUAUGACCAAAUACAUACUCUCGUCAUACAGAACGGUGGUUGAGUUCCUAUACAACUCAGACUACAGAAAGUCUGCAUUAUUUUCAUACGAAUAUUUGAAUGUGUACGUCGAGUAUAACAACGACUACAAUAUGUACUUGGCCACGGUGCCAUGGACAGAAAUCACAACUGACUUCAUAAACAAAAUCGUUUCAUACGUUAACAAACAUUUUAACUUUCUAUUCAUCACUAAAAUACAACAAAUAUCCAAAAGGGACUAA